AUGUUUUCCCACGUAUCUGAGUCGAAAUACUAUAACUUUGAGCGACUGGUUCUGUGUAAAAAUGGCGUUCCUCAGAGCUUGCAAUGUUGCAAAAACUUAAAAAUUUUGGAUCUAUCUUCCAAUCUGUUCCUCCAAAUCAGCCAAAGUAUCCAAGCUCUUCAAAAUUUGGUAUCGCUAAAUCUUGAAGAAAAUUUGGUUUCUAAAAUAGAAAACUGGGGGAACCUCAGCAAAUUGGAGUGGCUACUGUUGAAAAAUAAUAGAAUUAAAAGACUUGAAGGUUUAAAAUUGCCCAAGCUCAAAAUUUUGAACGUUAGUGAGAAUUGCCUCAAUGAAAUUGAAAAUUUGCAAGACCUACAGAGCCUCGAAGAGCUCAAUAUUUCGUCCAAUGGUAUGUUCAAGGAUUUUGAAGGAUUGUACAUGUUGGCAGAUACGCUUACUUCUUUAUCUUGUAUUUUACGUGCCCAUCCAAUAUUUGUGGAUCUUGCAAGAUUUACCAAACUAAAUAGCAUCAAAACUUAUGAUUUCCUGAUCCGCUUUGAUAGAUCGCUAAUUUUUCACAACUUGGAGGAACUGCUGUCGAUACACACUAGUUAUAACACUUCACUUUCAAAUGUGAAUCUCUCAUGUAUCAAGGAGCUAAAGCUUUCUGGAAACAAAAUUUAUAAUGCGAGUCACUAUGAAAAUGUGUCUCUCAUUGGGAAAAUGACAAUUUUAAAAGUUUGCUGUUUGACUAGAAUUGGAAUAUCUAGCGUCAGUUACCUUGCUACAUGCACCAAGCUUCGCAAGCUUGAUUUAUCAGAUAAUAGGAUAAGAUCACUCGAAGGAAUUCAGAAUCUUCGAUGUUUCGAGUCCCUUGAUAUUCUGAAAAACAAAUUGCAUAGCUUGCAGAAUGUUGUUGUGAAUUGGCCACUGAUGACGUAUUUGGAUCUUUCCUUGUGUGAGAUUGUUGAAUUGCCAAUUUUCAUCGCCCCAAAAUUAUCAAAGUUGCUAUUGGAAGGUGAUAAAAUCCCUUUGCGACAGUUGGCCAGGUUGAGAAAGCUAAAAAGUUUGAGAUACUUAGUACUUAAUAAAGUUGAUAUGUCUAAGAGAAGGGCUGUCGGUAUACACGUACUAUGCUCAACAUAUUGA